AUGAUUACAAAACAAAACAGUCAAAUACAGGAUAAACCCCCAUCUGAGGGUGAUAACAACAAGAACAAGUAUGGUGACGAUGUUGACGCUAGGAAUGAUCUUGAAAUACAGUUGAACAAGUUGAAACAAGAGCAUUCAACCAAACUGAAGUUGACCGAUGCCAAGUUACACGCGUUGAAGCAAGAAAAUGAACGAUUAAGAGCACAAAUCAAGAAGCUAAAUAGUGGUGGCAAAAAUAAUGACCAUACUACCAAAACGAAGACGAGUAUUUUCAGUACCAGUAGACGAAUAAUGCUGAACCAAAAAUCUAUAUUCACGCCGGAUAAGUUCAAGUCGUCGGCUUUUGGCGUCACCACCUCGAUGUUUUCCCAGUCAUUCCCCACAAUUUUUAAUGAUGAUUUAAUGACUCCCGUGAAAAAGCCAAGCUUAAAAGCAACCAAAAGCCUAAUUGAGUUUUCACCAUCACAAGACCAUAAGAAGCAAAUGGAAGAUAUCCCUUUGAUUUUACCCAAAUUGAGGGGUGGGUCCUUCAAUGCAGCUUCAUCGCCUAUCAGCGCCAAAACUUCACGAACUCCGUCCAAAUUUAUUGAGAAUUUCGAUGAUGAUGAUGAUGACAAUAAUAAUAAUAAUAAUAAUAACAACAAGAGCGGUGGUGUUGGAUCAAAGUCGGUGUCGCGGAGCCCGUCUCCUGAUUUUACUCCUAACCGAAAAUCACGAAUAUUGAGAAGUGCAAAUUCCACAAUAACUGAGAUUAAGCCUCAAGAAACUGAAACUGCUGUUGAAGACAAUGACAAGUCAAUUGGGGAGGAAACUAAGACUAAGAUGGUUAGGAAGAAAACCACCACCAACAAUAACAGCAAUAACAGUAAUAAUAAUAAUAACAAUAACAACAACAACAACAACAACAACAACAACAAGAAUGAUACUAAUUAUUAUAAUAAUAGCACUGUCACUACCACCACUGAAUACGGGCUUGCCUUUGAGUGUGGCGGUGAUGUUGAUGAGGAAGAAGACUUGAAUACGCUUGCAAAGUAUGAAGACGCAAACUUUGAAGAAGAUGCCAGCGACAGCAACACCACUGUGGUUGUGAUGAAGAAAAAGAAGAAAAAGAGUUUAGAAGGUUCCGAGAUUGUGUGGGAAUCUGAACCGCCAAAAAAGCGCAGAAACGUUUUCACCAUUGAUUGA